AUGACUACGAAGGAACUAUACACCAAGGAUGCCCGCAUCUGGGUGGAGCAUCCUAUCCACGUGUGGGAGGGCGCCACUGUGACCAGCGACUACCGUUCCGGAGUCCUCAUCGUGAAGAUCGACCAGACUGGCGAAAUUAGACAGAUUAAAAUCGCAGAUGAAACCAAACUGCCGCCAUUACGGAAUCCAUCUUUGUUGAUCGGUCAGAACGACUUGACUUCGCUGUCAUAUCUUCACGAGCCAGCUGUUCUACAUAACCUUAAAGUCAGAUUUUGUGAUCGUAAUGCCAUAUAUACGUAUUGCGGCAUCGUACUUGUUGCAAUCAAUCCUUACUACGAGUUACCUAUAUACGGUGAUGAAACAAUCAUGGCAUACCGUGGACAGUCCAUGGGUGAUUUGGACCCGCACAUCUUCGCGGUGUCAGAGGAGGCCUACACGAAACUCGAGAGGGAAAGGAGGGACCAAAGUAUUAUCGUGAGCGGUGAAUCCGGUGCCGGUAAGACGGUAUCAGCUAAAUAUGCGAUGCGAUACUUCGCUGCCGUCGGAGGGAAUGCCAGUGAGACCCAAGUGGAAAGAAAAGUCCUUGCAUCCAGUCCUAUCAUGGAGGCGAUAGGCAACGCAAAAACAACACGUAAUGACAACUCGUCACGUUUUGGAAAGUUCAUCGAGAUACACUUUGACACGCAAUACCGGAUAUCCGGUGCGAGCAUGCGCACUUAUCUUCUAGAAAAGUCUAGAGUUGUUUACCAGAGUCCAGAUGAACGGAACUACCAUAUAUUCUAUCAGCUAUGUGCAGCAGCACAUUAUAUGCCGGAAUUAAAGUUAGAUCACCAAGAUUCGUUCCACUACUUGAACCAGGGUGGCUGCCCUAACAUUGACGGAGUGGACGAUUUGAAGGCUUUCAAUGAGACAAAGUCAGCUCUUAUUACGUUAGGUGUGUCAGAGUCAGAACAGCAACAGAUGUUUACUGUACUGGCAGCCAUCCUACACCUCGGUAACGUUCACCUAGCCGGUGAACCUGAUACUGACGACCAGGACGCUGACGGCGCUUAUAUUGACUCGGAUGACGCUCACCUUUCAACGGUAUGCUCUCUACUGGGAGUAUCGCGUCCCGAACUAUCGCGCUGGCUCACACACCGGCGUCUGGCAUCCGCUCAUGAAGUUAUCGUAUCACGUAUGGACGUUAGGAAGGCGGAAUUUGCCCGCGAUGCCCUCGCGAAGCGGCUGUACGGGGAACUCUUCGCGUGGCUAGUACAGGCAGUCAACCGAGCGCUUGAUACUGGACACGCUAAGAGACACUUCAUCGGUGUGCUGGACAUCUACGGUUUUGAAACAUUCGAGAUCAACUCAUUCGAGCAGUUUUGCAUCAAUUAUGCCAACGAGAAGUUACAGCAACAGUUCAACUCACACGUCUUCAAGUUGGAACAGGAUGAAUAUAUUAAGGAAGAGAUAUCAUGGAAGAUGAUUGACUUCUACGACAACCAGCCAUGCAUAAACCUUAUAGAGGACCGGUUAGGUGUCCUAGCACUUCUGGACGAAGAGUGCCGGGUGCCGCAGGGCUCCGACCGCGGGUUCGUGGCAAAGCUCCAUGACAAAUGUGCCAAGUACCCGCAUUUCCUCAAACCUAGGUUCGGGGACGCCGCGUUUAUAAUAAAACACUUCGCGGACAACGUGGAAUACCAGUGUGGGGGGUUCCUGGAGAAGAACCGGGAUACAGUCCUGGAGGAGCAGCUCGAGAGCAUCCGAUCAGGGACCGCCUGUAGACUCGUGAGGGUCAUGUUGGCUGACCCUGAACAGACCAGUUCAUCAGCUACCUUGCCUCCACCUUCUAGAAGAAGAACUACACCUUCAGUACCGCUUGCUAGUUUGACUCAACCAGGCCGGCGCGCGUCCGGCCAGAAGGCGACGGUGGGCGCGCAGUUCCGCGCCUCGCUGUCCGCGCUCAUGGGCACGCUGUCGGCCACCACGCCGCACUACGUGCGCUGCAUCAAGCCCAACGACACCAAGCAGCCCUUCCAGUUCGACGCGGCGCGCGCCGUGCACCAGCUCCGAGCGUGUGGUGUUUUAGAAACUAUCAGGAUAUCGUCAGCUGGUUUCCCAUCAAGAUGGCUCUACCAGGACUUCUUCCAACGAUACCGCCUGCUCUGUCGCCACAAAGACAUAGACCGAGCGAACAUCAAGAAGACCUGCUCAAUAAUCCUGGAGAGACACGUCAAAGAUCCAGACAAAUAUCAGUUCGGAGCUACGAAGAUAUUCUUUAGGGCUGGACAGGUGGCAUACUUGGAAAAGGUCCGAGCCGACUUGCAACGACUGUACUGUGUGAGGGUUCAGAGCUGUGUUCGAGGCUUCUUAGCGAGGCGGAGAUACAAGCGACUCACUCGCGCUCUACACGGUCUACAGGCGAGGGCAAGGGGCUUCCUCGUCAGGAAAAAAGUGCAAGAGAUACGGCGCAACCGCGCCGCGGUCAAGAUCCAGAGCGCCGCCCGCGGCUGGCUCGCGCGGAGCAAGUUCCGGCGGCUGCGGCGCCUGGCGCUGGGCCUGCAGGCGCGCGCGCGGGGCUGUCUGGCGCGGCGCCUGUACAGGAACAAGAAGAUUCUCAGAGCCACUAUCGGCCUACAACGCUACGCUCGUGGCUACCUCGUGAGGCAGCAGGUCAAAAAGAAGAGAAGGCAGAUAGUCAUAUGUCAAGCUGCGGUUCGUCGUUGGCUCGCUCGCCGUCUCUACAAACGCCUCCGCAUCGAAGCCCGAAGUCUAGACCACGUCAAGACCUUGAACAAGGGUCUAGAAAACAAGAUCAUCAGUCUCCAGCAGAGAUUGGAGGAUGCGCAGGAGAAGGCCAGAAAAACAGAACCUCUGCAAGCCCAAAUAGCUGAAUUAAGGGCCAAAGUCGAAACACUAAAACUGGUGGAAAUGGAAGCGAAAGCCCUAAAGGUCGACAUCGUCGCCAAAGAUAACUUACUAGACACUCUCCGUGUAGACAUAGCGAAGGAGAAAGACACUAAUAUGAAGUUAAUAGAAGAGAAGAGAGUUAUAGAAGAGAAAUACAAGAAGGACAAAGAUGUAUGGGAAGCGGAGAGUGAGAAGCUGGCUAACGAGUUGAGAAGUACUAAGGAACACUAUGAAAUGAUUCUUGAGGAACGAGAUAAGCAACACGAAGCCGAGAAAAAGGCGUUGUCUCUUGAACUGGAGUCGGAGAGGCAAAGUCGACAGAAGCUGCUAUCGUCUCAAUAUGAACUGCAAGAGCGUCUCGAUUCUAUACAGAGGGCGCCAGCACCCAAAGAACACAGGAGAUCGCUGUCAGACGCUAGCACCAAUUCACAACAAGAGAUUACUGUUGAGGAUGACUUCGGCUACGGCUCGGUGCGGUCGACGGAGUCGUCGCGGCCCGCGCUGGAGGCCGUCAACUGGGCGGCCGGCGCGCACGGCGGGCCCGCGCCGAUGGCGGAUGCUGGGUUAGUACUGAGAAUGCAGAACAGGAUCUCAGUGCUGCAGAGCGAACUGUCUCGUACUGCGAAGAGAGCCGCUGACUUGGAGGAGAGGCUUAUGAACCGCCUGACAUCCCCCCCAUCGAACCCAGACACAGACAGGUUCCGAGUGGAGGAACUAGAAAUCGAGAACAAGAAGCUACGCGAACAUAUAGACAGGCUGAGAUCAGCUGACAGCUCACAUAUGUCCAGGGAAAUUGUUGAUCAACUAGCAGCAAUGCAGAAAGAGUUAGACAGACGUCGAGACGAAUGCAUUCAGUUGAAGAACGUUCUGACACACCAAAAGCCAUGGUUCCAAGCGUUGAAGAGCGUUACUGUGAAUCUAAAGUCGCUUGCGAGUAACUACGGAUCGGAUGUUGAUAUUAUAAAUGAAGAUGGCGAACUGGCAACUGCGUAUGAAGCUCAGAAGGGAAUUAAUAGACAACUCCAAGAAGAAUUGCUAGCAGAGAAGAAGUUCUAUUCCGAACACAUGUCGAAGGUGAAGCAGGAAAUGGACAGGCUUCGAGAUGAAAAUGAGAAAUAUCAGAAGUUGCUGAGUGCAGAAUUAAGUCAGGAACCCAAGAACAAGAGCCAGGAAUACGCCCAAAACGAAAUAAUAAGGCUUGCGUCUGAGAGUCUCGCUAUACAGGAACGUGUCGAUAAGUUGUCAGAAAGCUGUCGACGGUACAAAAACCAAAUCAGACUUUUGGUCGCGAAGUUAAAGGAGGCGGGUAUUGAAGAUGUCCAAGAUAUCUUGGAGGGUAACGAGACAAUUGUAACUCAAAAUACAUCAACGGCGCUCGAGAUCCCGCCUGUAAUGCGAAAGAAAGAGAGAGAGUACCUCGGAAUGUUCGAGUACAAGAUACAAGACGAAGGAACUAUCAUCAAGAAGUUGAUUACAGACCUAAAGCCUCGCGUGGCGACGACGCUGCUGCCGGGUCUGCCGGCCUACAUCCUGUUCAUGAUGCUGCGCCACACGGACCACGUGGACGACGAACCCAAGAUGCACCAGCUGAUCAAGGCGGCGCGCGCUGCUGUUAAGAAAGUUCUCAAACGCCGCGCCGACAGCGUCGACUACUUCGCGCUCUGGUUGGCCAACAUGCUCCGAUUACUAAACAAUUUAAGACAAUACAGCGGUGACGCAAAAUACCAAGCGGGUAAUACGCCGCGACAGAAUCAACAGAGCUUGAGGAUCUUUGAUCUUUCUGAGUACAGGCAGGUUCUGAGCGACCAAGCCAUCUCUAUAUAUCAAGGACUGAUCACGCUGCUGCAGCGGCACCUGGAGCGGCUCAUCAUGCCCGCCAUCCUGGAGUACGAGGAGAUCAGCGGCCUGUCGGGCCCCCCGCGCGCCGCGCCCUCGCCCGCCUCCGCCGGCCCCGCGCGCCUCAAGCACGAGCUCGCCUCCACGCACGACACGCUGCGCGCGCACGCCGUGGACCCGCCGCUGCGCGUCAUACUGUUCAAGCAGCUGUUCUACUACAUCUGCGCGUACAGCCUUAACCAGCUGUUACUACGAAAGGACCUUUGCUGCUGGGCAAAGGGCCUGCAGAUCAGAUACAACAUCUCCCACCUUGAGACAUGGAUCAAAGAACAUUUGGCUGAAUACGGCCAGAAGAAUAUGGAGGAGAUCCUGAGCGUGCUGAAGCCCAUCACUCAGGCCGUGCAGCUCCUGCAAGCCCGCAAGUCCAUGGCAGACGUCGCCAGCACCGUGGAGAUGUGCGCCGACCUAUCUGCCGUGCAGGUUUGCAAGAUCUUGAACAUGUACACACCGGCCGAAGAGUACGAAGUGAAAGUGACUCGCGAGUUCAUCCAUGAGAUACAGAAGCUGAUGCAGGAGAGGGCUGGACCCAACGCGAACAAGGAACCGCAAAGUCUGCUAAUGGACACGAAGAUGAUCUACUCUGUCCAUUUCGAGUUCAGCCCAUCACCAAUACGCUUAGAAGACAUAGAAGUACCAGAAGUGCUGGAACUGAACGGGCUUCUGACAAAAAUAUAA